AUGACAGUCAGGAUAACCCAAUCCAUGGAGGAUGAGGACUGCAAACGUCUCUGCUCUGCUGAGGUCUACAGCACUCCCCCCUACUGCAUAGACCAUGAGCGGGUGGCAAAGGUUCAGCUGCCGACAGAUGACAUUGCGAAUAGCAAAACCAACGAGCAGAAAGAGAAGAAAAGACCAAAGCAGGAAGUCAAUUUAUGCUUCAGAAACAAACAGCCUCUUGAAGUGCGGAUAUCUGAAAGAAGCUUCUUGAUCUCCCACUCGUCCAGAUCCCAGACCCAGCCAGGAGUGGUGUGUGGUGAGUGUGACAGGAAGAGCCCGGGUGAGUCUGGGAAUCCCACCGCACUCCCAGAGGAAUCCCAGACGUCUGUGUGCGAGGUGUGCAGCGGCUCGCUGGACGCUCCAGUGGGACUUGGGGAACACCUGACACCUGGGGAAGAGAGGAGAGGUCACCAGGACGACACACCUGGAGGAGAAUCGAAAGACCAAGCAGCCGAUCGAAACCAACUCAGGGAGUCUGACCGCCAAGACGCUGCUCACGAGGAUGAUGACGGCACACAUGAUGAAGGCAGCGGGUCCGCAGUAGCUGACAGUUCACACACCAGAGGGGAAAUCGCUGGAGCGGAGGGCCGGCUGGUGGGGAACACGUGCAGCUCGCCCCCCCCUACUCCCUCCAGGAAGAGCUCCACCAGCACCAGGAGGGCCCUGUUCGCCCGCAGGUGUCUCAAUGCUUCGUCCUCCGGGGCCUCCCACUCUCCACACACCCAGUCUCCAGAUCCAGGAAGGGAGCCGUCUCCACCUCGCAGCCCGUUGCCCGGCCCACACCCGUCUCCUGCGCUGUCUCCGUCCUCUCGUCCCGUCUCCUCAGUUCUGAAGACAGCAGCGUCUCCAGUCAGGGGCCCGGCCGAGGGGUCCAACUCCGCCGGGCUUCCCAGCUCCCCAGCUGGUGGAUCUGCUCGGUGUCAAACCUGCCGCCAACCUAAGGAGUUACGGCCUGCUGCAGCUCUGUCGGGGGAGGAGAGCAGUCUGGUCCCCAUCAUCGGCCCUCAUCCUGCACGGCCUCGAGGAACCAACCGGCUCCUGAGCCACCUCCCGCUUCACUCCCAGCAGCCUGGCAGAACACCCAGCUUCUUGAUCCCCAUCGGGGGGAUCCACAUGGUCCAGCCCAGGUCCACCCUCCCGCUCUACCGCCUGGUGGCCAGCCCGGCGGCCUCCCGCAUCCCAACCGGAAAGCUGGCUGCCCCGCAAUACCAGGACGCCCACAAAGAGGCGGUGGCCAGCAGCGCUCCACGGCGCCCCCGGGCUGCAGAGCAAACAACCGCAGGAGACAAAGGCUUCCCCGUCCAGCAGCCCUCCACUUCCAGAAGCUGCACGGAGAGGCAUGUUUACACUGAAGGUCAGAACUCCUCUCAGAAGCAUCUCUGAUAGGAGGGAGACUUUUUUUUUUUUUUAAAGGGACAGUGCAAAAAGAAGGAAAAAAAGAAAAGAAACAGAGUCCAGGUAAUGGUGAAAUAUUCCAAAGCUCAACGAGACGAAAGCACUUGAGCACCGCUUCUGAAUGACGCUGUUAUGUAAUUAUCUGAAUAAUAUAUCUAAAUAUAUAAAUAAGCACUAUGUUAGAUAUGCAGUACGUUUUGUAAAUCUUUUUUACCCUUUUGUUGGACGUCAUCCGUGUUAAUUUAUUUAUGUGCUAUUAUGCAAAUUCUGUACGUUAUGCAACAGCAGCUGGAAUGAGUUGAGUUUUCCCGUUAGCCCCAUUGAGACAGCUCUAAUUCAACUAUUGCUAUGUUAUUGUACUGUAUUAUCAGAACAGAUAUUUAUUCACUCAGACCAGUAUUUAAAGUGCAAUUUGAUGUAGGAUUGUGGUUUGAAGCGUCAUUCUUAAAGCUGUGAUUUUUCUGAUUUGUCCGAUUUUUUUUUUUGUUUUAUUGUUGAUGUUGAGGAGCGAGAAGCAGAGCUGGGAUCAGCCUUUCCUGUAGGAAACCAGCUUCAGCUCCAGGUAUAGGGAGAGCACUGACAGGUGAUCUGAUGGAGAUGUUUCAUGUACUCAGUGACUAUAGUACUGUUGGCUUUCAAUUGUCAUAAACGGAUGUGUGUGUUUUUUUGUUUUUUUUGCCUUUUCUAAAUGAUACAAUCAUUCAUUUUCAUGUUUGCCAUUAAACGUCUCAUUUUUACAGAUUUAUAUUAAAACUGUGACACAUG